AUGGUGAAAGGUCCAGGUCUCUACACUGAUAUCGGCAAGAGAGCUCGAGAUCUUCUGUUCAAGGAUUAUCAGAAUGACCACAAGUUCACCAUCACCACUCACACUUCUACUGGAGUGGAGAUUACUUCAACUGGAGUCAGGAAGGGUGAGAUUUAUUUGGCUGAUAUCAGCACCAAGCUGAAGAACAAGAACAUCACAACUGACAUCAAAGUGGACACGAACUCAACUCUACGUACAACCAUUACUGUGGAUGAGCCUGCACCUGGACUGAAGACAAUUUUCAGCUUUAUUUUUCCAGAUCAGAAGUCUGGCAAGGUGGAACUCCAGUACCUGCACGAGUAUGCUGGAAUCAGUACCAGCAUUGGAUUGACAGCAAAUCCCAUUGUUAAUUUCUCUGGUGUGGUUGGAAAUAAUUUGGUUGCUGUUGGGACAGAUCUUUCAUUUGAUACUGCCUCUGGUAACUUUACCAAAUACAAUGCAGGGCUGAACAUUACUCAUGCUGACCUCAUUGCAUCUCUAACUCUAAAUGAUAAGGGUGACACCCUUAAUGCCUCAUAUUACCACAUUAUAAGCCCGUUGACUAACACUGCUGUUGGUGCGGAGCUUUCACAUAACUUUUCUAGCAACGAAAAUUCACUCACCAUUGGUACACAGCAUGCUCUGGACCCGUUAACGCAUUUGAAAGCUCGGGUGAACAACUAUGGUCUGGCAAGUGCUCUGAUCCAGCAUGACUGGACUCCAAGAACUCGUUUCUCUCUUGUGGGGGAGGUGGAUACCGGGGCCAUCGGAAAGAGUGCAAAGGUUGGUCUUGCUGUGGCCUUGAAACCUUAG